AUGUUAACGCAGCACCCACCUGGUUCCCCUAGCCACGCGAAAUUCUCACCACAUCUAGCCGAUGUCGUGGACGCAGUGACUUCUCAGAACCGAAUGUUCCAGCGCCGAACAUCGGUAUAUCAGAAAUACCAUCUCUUAGAAAACAUUCGGAAGAAAUCAUGGCUUGGGCCGCCGUCAGAGACGAUCUACGGGGGUAUAUCCUUCUCCCUCGAAAACGACGGCAAAGACAUCGGCAUUGCCCUCGCGAUCCGAGAUACAGUCUACUUUCUUGAUUUCUGCGAACACCACUUCUCCAUCGGCAAGGAUGAGUCCGGAUCCGAGAAAAUAACGCAGUUCAUCAUCGACCAGCUGCGUACGUAUGAACAGGAUCAUCUGGAGAAAUUCUUUGGAAUCGCGAUGCCUUCGCUGCUGUUGGAGAAAUGUCCGCGGCUUUGUUCGCGGAUGUGGGCGGAGCUAGAUAUCGUGCCGUUCAUACUUAAUCCCAGAGGAGCGCAUAAUGUCGAGUGGAUUAAUAUGGGGCUGUGGCAGUCGAAGACGUUGGACGAGAGGGCGGAAUCUAUUGCUAGGAAGUGUAUCUCAUACUUUGGCCCUAAUCAAGCACCCCUGUUACAAGUUGGUUUCCGAGGUCUGGUUGAUGUCGAUGCAGGUUCUACAGCUGUGCUUACUACUCUCUCGGACUAUGAGAAGACCGUGGGAGAAAGGACGUGGAAGGCAGUGAUGAAGUAUGCCGCGGACAUGAAGGACCGGAAUGUGAAAAUCGCUUUCUUCAGCAGUACGCCGCAGGGAGGCGGUGUUGCUUUGAUGAGGCAUGCUUUGGUCAGGUUUUCAAACGCCCUCGGGACAAAUAUCAAGUGGUUCGUCCCGCGGCCCCGGCCAGGCGUAUUCCGCAUCACCAAGAACAAUCAUAACAUCCUUCAGGGUGUAGCUGCGCCUGACCAACGUCUGACUGAACAGCACAAACGAGAUCUGACCGACUGGAUCUUUGCAAAUGCAAACAGAUACUGGUUUACUAAAGGUGGUCCACUCGAGCCUCCUGAGAAGGGAGGAGCGGAUAUAAUUAUCAUCGAUGAUCCACAGAUGCCAGGCUUGAUACCUCUGAUCAAGAAAGUAACGCCAAAUCGUCCUGUUAUUUACCGAAGCCAUAUACAGAUCAGGAGCGAUCUGAUUGAUGACCCGAAUUCUCCGCAGGCUGAGUGCUGGCAGUAUUUCUGGGAGAGUAUUCGUCACGCUGACCUCUUUAUCAGCCAUCCUGUUGAGGCGUUUGUUCCGAGUACCGUAUCUCGGGAGUCUGUUGGGUAUCUCCCUGCUUCAACUGAUUGGCUUGAUGGCCUGAAUAAGACCAUGGACGAUUGGGACGUCGGCUACUACGGCCGUGUAUUCAACAACAAAUGCAGAGAGAUAGGCAUGACCACAAUCGAUUACCCCCAAGACGACUACAUCGUUCAAGUAGCUCGCUUCGACCCGUCCAAAGGCAUCUUUGACGUUCUCAAGUCCUACGCUAAGUUCCACGACCUCAUCAAAAACACACCCCACGUCAGCAUCCCUAAGCUCCUCAUCUGCGGACACGGCUCAGUAGAUGAUCCAGACGGUGCUCUCAUCUACGACGCUGUCAUCGAAUACCUAGCAAAACACCUCUCGCAUCUAAAAUCAAAAAUAUGCGUCAUCCAUAUCCCGCCCUCCGACCAGAUUCUUAAUGCCGUCCUAUCCAAAGCCAGAAUCGCCCUGCAGCUAUCCACCCGCGAAGGCUUCGAGGUCAAAGUCUCAGAGGCCUUACAUAAGGGAAAACCAGUCAUCGCUACCAAGGCAGGCGGUAUACCCUUGCAAGUACAACAUGGCAAAAACGGCUAUUUAGUCGAAGUUGGCGACACCGAUGCCGUUGCCGGACAUCUCUACGACCUGUGGACGAACGAUGAUCUGUACGAUUGCAUGAGUUCGUAUGCGUUGCAUAGUGUGAGUGACGAGGUUUCGACCGUUGGUAACAUCCUGUCCUGGCUUUAUCUGGCGAGUGCCAUGUCCAAGGGCCAUAAGUGCAAGCCACACGGUAGGUGGAUUAACGAUAUGGCUAGAGAAACGGCAAAUGAGCCUUAUGUACCCGGUGAGAAUAGGCUGCAGCGUUCGGUGGACGUCAAGCCGUCUGGCUGUUAA